AGAUCUAGAUCUAGAUCUACAACUUGGAGCAGGCUUGAAGGUCUCCCAUUUCUAGAUUGACCGGGUUUUACUGCAGCUAUCAGCAUUUUGGGCAAAUUAGAAACUGGCGAGAGGCGAUUAAACCCCAUACCCAUUAGCUCGUCACUCAUACUUCCUGCCCAGAGUUCAAAGUCUCCCCCCUCUCAAACAUUGACAACCUCAUACUCGAAGCUCGUGUUGUGGAACAAUUGUGACUGGAUCCUCUCAUCUUACGCACGCUAUAAUUGGAUAGCACGCUUGGGAGAAAAAUGCGGAUGGAGAUCACAUUUGCCGGUUCGCGUUCGUUGACUGCCGAGAUUUCUCAAUCCAUUAGCAAGUCACACAAUGCUCAUCAGUGAAUUUCAGCGUCGACCUCUUUUCGACCUGUGUCUCUCUUCCUCUCAGUCCCGUCUAAUCUAUUCCGCUGAUUGUGAUCCACAUCGACUACAAUUCAGUUCUCGCGCCUCGAGUCAAGUUGAGCUUCUGAAGGCAAGAAGAACUAUAAUGGAGUGGAUCCAGUGAAGGACUUUUGUUCACAUUUAUCAUCGCCCAAAAGCUUAAGUUGGUAGAGUACAAUUGGUUGACUGAGUACAAUUGUAGAAGAAUCAGAUUUGGCAACAAUGGCGGCUGUUACCGAGGAUCAUCAACUUCGGAUCAGAACGGCUCCUCCUCGCUCUGCUUCACCGGCUCGACAAAGGCUUCAAAUCACCAUUCCCAGAGUUCAAAGGCUUGCUCUGCAGAUGGGGUCACCUCGAACUCAAAGAAACCAGCUGAAUUCUCCUCGAGCUCAAAAGCUUCAGAUGUCAUCCUACUUGUCGCCGGUCACACAAGGCGCGUACAUCACACUGGUGCUCGCCGAGAAAUUUACUCAUUUCUCAGGUGUGGGUGUGAUGACUUGCCCUGCAUAUUGGAUUGUGAGCGAUGAAAAGUUCACUGUUAUUAGGCCUUUGGAAGAUAAUGGCUGGUUCAGACCACACAAUGUUGAUGUCCACGUUACUGACAAUGAAACCUUAAGGUAAAGAACUGA